CCCGCGUCGGACGUGCAGUUCGGCCCCAUGAGGUUUCACCCGGACCAGCUCCAGGUGCUGCUGGCGUUCAGCAAGGACGAUAACCAGUGCAAGGCCUUCCGCCAGGCCUGCGACCAGGCCGGGUUCAAGUGCACGCUCACCAAGGAGAUGCAGGCGGUGCUGACCUGCUUCCUGUCGGCGCACCACGACAUCGUCAUCCUGGACCACAGAAACCCCCGGCAGCUGGACGCGCGGGCGCUGUGCAGGGCCAUCCGAUCGUCCCAGGUUUCCGAAAACACGGUCAUUGUCGGGGUGGUGCGCCGGCGGGACGGGGAGCUGCCGGUGAUGCCCCUGCUCACCGCCGGCUUCACCAGGCGCUACGUGGAGGACCCCAGCCCCCUGGCCUGCUACACGGAGCUGCUGCAGCUGCAGUUCGGGGAGGUGCGGUCCCAGCUGAAGCUCAGGGCUUGCAACUCCAUCUUCACGGCCUUGGAGAAAAGCCAGGACGCCGUGGAGAUCACAGGCGAGGACCACCUGGUGCAGUACGUGAACCCCGCGUUUGAAACGACCGUGGGCUGUGACUCUCAUGAGCUGGUAGGGAAGGAGUUAGCCAAACUCCCUGUGGGCGAGAAAAAGUCCGAGUUGUUCCAGACGAUCAAUUCAUGCAUCACCGAGGGCAAGGAGUGGCAGGGCGUCUACUGUGCCCAAAACGGAAGCAACACCCAGCAGAACGUGAAGGUCAUCCCGGUGAGCGGGCAGGGAGGGAAAAUCAGACACUAUGUGUCCAUCAUCCAACUGAGCAAUGGGAAGAGCAAGGCCGGCCUGCAGUCCGACUCGCUCACAGACAGCCAGGUAGGGAAACUGAGGGACAGGAGGCUAAGCUCCAGGGCCAGUGAAAUGGCUGGCCAGAGGCGCCACUCCUCGCUGGCCCGGAUCCAGUCGGUGGCCAUGGAGGCGCCCAUCACCAAGGUGAUCAACAUCAUCAGUGCCGCCCAGGAGAACAGCUCCGUGCCUGUGACGGAAGCCCUGGACCGGGCGCUGGAAAUUCUGAGAACCACGGAGUUAUAUUCCCCGCAGUUCGGGGCAAAGGAUGAGGAUCCUCACGCCAAUGACCUCCUCGGGGGCCUGAUAGUCAAUGGUCUGCGAAGGCUCUCUGGGAACGAGUACGCUCUUUCAGCCAAAAACCUCCCGCGAGCGUCCAGCAGCAUGACCGCCCCCCUGCCCCUCCAGGACGUACCGAAGCAGAUCGCCGAGGCCCUGGAGAACGAGGACUCCUGGGAAUUUGACAUUUUUGAACUGGAGGCUGCCACGCAGAAAAGGGCUUUGAGUUAUCUUGCUAUCAAAAUCUUUUCCCGCUUUGGCAUCUGUGAAUUCUUAAAGUGCCCGGAGCCAACCAUGAGGCUGUGGUUGCAGAUGAUCGAAUCCACUUACCAUUCCUCUAACCCCUACCACAACUCCAGCCACGCGGCUGACGUGCUCCAGGCCACCUGCUACUUCCUGUGCCAAGAGAGGAUAAAGCGCGCUUUAGAUUCGGUGGACCAGGCCGCCGCCCUCAUCGCAGCCGUGAUCCACGACCUGGACCACCCGGGGAGGACCAACCCCUUCCUGUGCAACUCGGGCAGCGAGCUGGCCAUCCUGUACAACGACUUCGCGGUGCUGGAGAGCCACCACGCGAGCCUGGCCUUCCAGCUGACACUCAGAGACGACAAGAGCAACAUCUUCAAGAACAUGGAGAGGAGUGACUUUCGGACGCUGCGCCAGGCCAUCAUCGACAUGGUGUUGGCCACGGAGAUGACCAAGCACUUCGUGCACCUCAACAAGUUUGUCAACAGCGUCGUCAAGCCCUUGGCGGAGCUGGAGGAGCGCGAGGAGACGGAUGCAGUGCGAGCGGACAUCAACACGAUGCUCAGGACUCCAGAGAACCGGACGAUGAUCAAGCGCAUGAUGAUCAAGUGCGCCGACGUGUCCAACCCCUGCCGGCCCUUGGAGCAGUGCAUCAAGUGGGCCUCACGCAUCUCGGAGGAGUAUUUUUCUCAGACCGAUGAGGAGAAGCGGCGGAACUUACCUGUGGUGAUGCCCGCUUUUGACAGAAACACCUGCAGCAUCCCCAAGGCCCAAAUGUCCUUCAUCAACUACUUCAUCAUAGACAUGUUCGACGCGUGGGACAGCUUUGUGGACCUGCCAGUGCUGCUGCACCACCUGGACAACAACUUCAGGUACUGGAAGCAGCUCGACGACAUGAACGUGCGGGGCUCACGCCCACCCCUGGUCUAG